AUGGCGUUCCGCGACGGUAAUGUCCCUCUGGCAGGACUGCUCAAGUCCUUUCUUUGGUCCGUUUCAACACCUGGAACAACCAUGUUCAUGGCUGUAAUCGUCGUAUGGUACAUAAAGUCGUGGUACAGAUUGCGACACAUUCCUGGUCCACUCCUCAACUCCAUCUCGAUUGCACCCAUGAAUUUUAUGACCCUUGGCGGGAAACUCAGUUUCAAACUGAAGGACUUGGGUGAUAGAUACGGCCCUUUAGUUCGCGUUGGCCCAAACGAGGUGCUGUUCGGUGAUGCCGACAGCUGCCGCAUCAUCUCGGCGGUCCGUUCAGAUUUUGUUAAAGGCCCAUGGUACGCCCUGUCCAAGGUUGUUCCAGAUCAGGACAGCCUGUUCUCCCUGCGAGACGACCAAGAACGGAAAGAGUUGAAGUCCAAGUUGAGUCCAGGCUAUUCUGGUCGUGAAAAUGGCGGUUUCGAACCUGGUGUUGACAGGGUCGUGGCGCAAUUCAUCAACCUCAUUGAGUCCAAAUACAUAUCGACGUCAAACAACUUCUGCCCGAUUGAGUUUUCUCACAAGUCUCAAUACUUCGCUCUCGAUGUCGUGAGCGAGAUCUCUUUUGGAGAAGCUUUGGGAUUCCUAGCCAAAGACAAGGACUUGUUCGGUUAUGUCCAGACGAAUGACCAAAUAUUCCCAGUUCUUGCGAUCAUGCUGAAUAUGCCAUGGUUAGGUAUCAUGAUGCAACGGUGGCCACUCAACAAGUUGCUACCCUUCGAAAGCGACAAGUUCGGCUUUGGACGCCUGAUGGGCAUGGCGAAGACCAUGGUGGACAAAUGUUUGGCUGCAGGUCCAGGUGAAAACCACAUGAUUCAUAGUCACCUGCGCAAUGGGGUAACUUACAAGGAACUCCUGGCGGAGAUAUUUCUCGAACUGAUAGCCGGGUCUGACUCAACGGCAACAGCGAUUCGCAUGACCAUGCUCUGUCUCCUCACCACACCAACAGCUCUGAGCCGUCUCCGUCACGAAAUUGCCACCGGAAUCUCCAGGGGAUUCAUCAGUUCCCCAAUUCGCGAUGCAGAGGCUCGCCAGUUUCCUUACCUGCAAGCUGUUAUCAGGGAAGGGCUACGCCUGUAUCCGCCGUCUACUGGUCUGAAUUACAAGCAGGUCGCCAAGGGCGGUACGAAGCUCUUCGGACAGUUCCUGCCGGAAGGAACACAGCUGGGUGUCAAUAUACAAAAGAUAAUGAGAUCAAAGGAGACUUUUGGACCAGACGCGGAUAUCUUCAGACCGGAGCGCUGGCUGGAAGCUGCUGAGGACGGAGAGCGCUUCCGAGAAAUGACCGGCGUAGUUGACCUAGCUUUCGGCCACGGGCGGUUUCAAUGUCUCGGCAAGACCAUUGCAGUCAUGGAACUGAACAAGAUAUUUGUCGAGCUGUUGCGGAGGUUUGACUUUGCCGUCGUCAGACCACAAGAGCCGCUAAGACUUUAUGAUGCAGCCUUCUGGGUAACAACUGACUUUUGGCUGCGAGUGACUGAGAGAGGAGAGGCCAGGUAG